GGAGAAGGGGGACUUGUACACUCUGACGGUUGUAGCUGAUAAUGGAGGACCUAAGAAAGACUCCACUGUGAAAACUUAAUGGCAUUCCUCUUUUGUUCAUUGCAUCUCUUGUUGGAAUUGCAGAAGGUUUCCAUCACCAUCCUGGAUGAGAACGACAACAAUCCCGAGUUUGACAUCACAUCUGAUACUUCAGUGGGAAUCCCAGAAGACACACCCAUGGGGAAGAAAGUAGCAGUAGUGCUCGGCAGGGACAGGGACGCUGGAGUGAAUGGGCUGGUGAAUUUCACUUUGGUGGCAGGCAACAUGCAGGAUGUGUUCAUGAUCAAAACCGUGAACAACACGUAUGGGGAGGUUUAUGUCAACGCUCCUCUGGACAGGGAGUCAAUGGACCGCUACCUGCUGAAGGUGCGUGCCAUCGACAACGGCUCCCCUCCCAGAUACACAGACCACUCCCUCACAAUUAACAUCCUGGAUGUCAAUGACAAUGCACCUGUUAUUCAAAGCCAGAGGGGAUACAAUGUCAGCAUCAGUGAGAAUGUUGGAGGAGGAACCUCGGUGCUCCGUGUGAUGGCCACCGAUCGAGACAUUGGGUCCAACGCUAUGCUGUUUUACUACAUAACUAAUGGAAACCAGGACCUGACCUUCCGCAUGGACCGCGUGACGGGGGAGAUGGUGACACGCCCGGCCCCUCCUGACCGCGAGCGCCAGCAGGAGUACAUACUGACCGUCACUGUGGAGGAUGAUGGGACACCGCCUCUGUCGACCUCAACCACAGUCUAUGUUCACAUUGUCGAUGAGAAUGAUAACGCGCCAGAGUUUCCUGAGGAGGAGUACGUCACGGUGCUGAGAGAGGGCCCAGAAACGGUGGGUGCCACCAUCGCCACGGUUACAGCCAUCGACCCAGACGAGGGUCUGAACGGCACCUUGCGCUACGCCAUCGCUGUCGGAAACCUCGUUCAGACUUUUCUAAUUAACAAUGUGACGGGGAGGAUCACCGCUGUGAAGGCGCUGGACUAUGAGAUCAGCGGUGGACACUACACGCUGGUUGUCACGGCAACGGACCAGUGUCCGAAACCUGCUCUGCGACUGACAUCCAGCACAACAGUGCUGGUAAAUGUUCUAGAUGUGAACGACGUGGCGCCUACGUUCCCCAGAGCAUAUGAGGGCCCCUUCGAGGUUACUGAGGGCCAGCCAGGACCUCGGGUCUGGACGCUCAAAGCCAGCGACGAGGACUCUGGGCUGAACGGCAAAGUGGAGUACAGCAUCACCGGCGGAGACCCUCAGAAUGAGUUCAUGAUUUCCCCGGUGGAGGGGGAGCUGCGCGUGAGGAAGGACGUGGAGCUGGACCGAGAGGCCACCGCCUUCUACAACAUAACUGUGACCGCUCGCGACCUGGGCAGCCCUCCGCUCAACAGCUCGGUGGUGGUGGGGGUCCUCGUCCUCGACAUCAACGACAAUGACCCGGUGCUGCAGAACCUCCCGUACAACACCAGCGUGAGCGAAGGAGCCGCCGUGCACACCUCCGUGGCCCGGGUGCAGGCGCGGGACGCAGACAGCGGACGCAACGCUCUGCUCACCUACAACAUCACGGCUGGAAACCUGGACGGAGCCUUCUACAUCACCGACACGACAGGUGUGGUACAGGUCAACAGGCCCCUGGACAGAGAGCGAGUGGCUGAGUACAGGCUCACCAUCACUGUCAAGGACAACCCUGAGAACCCCCGCAUCGCUCGCAAGGAUUCCGACCUGUUGGUGAUCACCAUUCUGGAUGAGAAUGACAACAGGCCGCUGUUCACCAUGAGCAGCUACAGGGCUGAAGUCAUGGAGAACUCUGCAGCAGGCACAACUGUAACUGUGUUAAACGGGCCAGUUUUGGCUGAAGAUAAAGACAUUGGACCUAAUGCUGUGGUGAAGUACCGCCUGGUGGGACCAAGGGUGGACCUUUUUACUGUGGAUGCAAAUACGGGAGUCAUUCUCGUGCGCCAGGGAGCGAAGUUGGAUCGGGAGGCAUUCCAGGAUCCUCGGGUGGAGCUCUCUCUGGUUGGGGAGGACAUCGGCGGUUUGAACAGCAGUGUUCCGAUAACAGUUACUAUCUUGGAUCAGAACGACAACCCUCCUGUCUUCAACCCGUCCAGUUUCAGUGUCCGAAUCCCCGAGAACAGCCCUACGGGCGUGGUGGUCACCCAGCUGUUCGCCUCCGACUCUGACGCCGGCUCCAAUGGCUGGCUGCUGUAUCGGCUGGAGAGCGGCGCCCAGGACCGCUUCGUGGUGGACUCGCUCACCGGCGCCGUCCUGGUGGGCAACACGACGCUAGACCGGGAAGAGCGCGAGUCCUACCGGCUGGUCGUCGUGGCGACGGACCGCGGCACGCCCCCGCUGUCGGGCACGGCCACCCUCACCGUGAUCCUGGACGACGUGAAUGACUCCCGGCCCAGUUUCAUACAGCCUGUGACCAUGAUCAACGUCAACGAGUCCACGCCACCCGGCGUAGUGGUGGCCACGCUGGCCGCCGUUGACCCGGACCUGAAGCCUCGCUUGGAGUAUUACAUCAUCUCUGUGGAGGCUAAGGAUGAUGGGAACAACCCAGUGGCUGGCCUCCAGGAAUCCUUUGGCAUUGAUUUGCAUACUGGCGCAGUGUUUGUACGCAACCCGCUGAACAGAGAGCUGGUGGCCACGUUCGAGAUCAUCGUGUCGGUCCACGACAAUGCCAGUCAGGUUCUGGACAGGUCCGGGAGCGUCCCCAACGCAGCGCGUCUCACCGUCAACGUGUUGGACGUCAACGACAACGCGCCGCGCUUCCGGCCCUUCGGCGUGACCAACUUCACGGAGAAGAUCCUGGAGGGAGCUCAGCCAGGCACCACCCUGCUGUCGGUGUCGGCCGUGGAUCCAGAUAAAGGACCCAACGGCCAGGUCACCUACGAGCUGCUGCACCUGCCCCGAGGCGAUUACGUUAGACUGGAGGACCCUUCCAUUGGGAAGAUUGUCGCCAAUCAGACAGUGGAUUUUGAGCAGGUGCAGUGGCUGAAUUUCACGAUUCGGGCCCAGGACCAUGGCAGUCCUCCCAGGAUAACUGAGCUCCCAGUUUACCUGUCCAUUGUGGAUGUCAAUGACAACAACCCCAUCUUCCUCUUGCUCCAUUACCAGGUGUCUGUGCUUGAGAAUGUGGACCUGGGCACCGUUAUACUCCGCGUCAGCGCGACAGAUGGCGACUCUGGCCUCUUUGCUAACAUUGAAUACAGCCUGGUAGAUGGAGAGGGCAAGUUUAGAAUGAACCUAACCUCUGGGGAAAUCUCCAUCGAGUCUCCUCUCGACAGGGAGAAAAAGGAUCAUUACACUCUAACUGCCGUCGCUCGUGACAACCCUGGCGGCAGCCCCAGCAACAGGCGGGAAAACGCUGUACAGGUUCUAGUGACGGUUGUUGAUGUCAAUGAUUAUCAACCCCGCUUUACCGAGAGUGUGUACAACACCAGCGUGUUUGAGAACGAGCCCACUGGGACGUCUGUGGUCACAGUAAGAGCUAUCGAUCUGGACGAGGGGCAGAACGCAGUCGUGCUUUACACCAUGAUGCAACCCAAUUCAGUUGCGUCAGACGCUUUCUCCAUGGACCCAAACACUGGACUGGUGCGUUCUCUGCGCAUGCUUCAGUCUACGGAGCGUUUCAACCUGAUUGUGAUGGCUAUAGACCAGGGACAACCCAAACUGACUGGUACUGCACAACUAAUCAUCACAGUCAUAGACGUCAAUGACAACAGACCUGUGUUUGUGAACCUCUCUAAUGGAACCAUCAUCACCAUCGUGGAGGAGCAGCCCCCGGGCCUGGUCGUGUAUGAGGUCUAUGCAACGGACUUGGACAAAGGCGUGAACGGAGAGGUCCGCUAUUCCUUCUUGCAGACCGGGGCAGGUAACAAAGACUGGGAAAACUUCAAAAUAGACCCCGUGUCUGGGGUCAUCACAACUACUGUGAAGCUGGACCGAGAGAAACAGGCCUCCUAUGGCCUUAUCGUUGUGGCCCGUGACAUGGGUCAGCCAGUGCCUUAUGAGACCACACAGCCUCUGCAGGUCAACUUGACGGACAUUGAUGAUAAUGAACCUGUCUUCCUUAAGCCACCGCGCGGCAGCUCGCCUUACCAGUUGCUGACAGUGCCUGAGCACUCCCCUCUGAAUACAGUGCUGGGGAACGUAACCAGAGCCAUGGAUGCCGAUGAGGGCUCCAAUGCCAUCGUCUACUACUUCAUUGCAGCGGGAAACGGCGACGGCAACUUUGGCAUGGAUGUAAACGGAGAGUUGAAAGUGCUGAAGAAUCUGGACCGGGAGGAGAUCCCAGCAUACUCCCUCAUCAUCAAGGCUUCCAGCAACAGGAGCUGGACUCCCCCCAGGGGCCAGAGGGCAGCACGGGCCAAAGCGCUGGACCCCGCCCUCGACCCCAGUCUACUUGAAGUCCGUAUCGAACUGGAGGACAUUAACGACCAGACCCCACGCUUCACUAAGGCAGAGUACACCGCAGGAGUGGCAUCAAAUGCCAAAGUGGAGACAGAGUUGAUCAAGGUCCUGGCAAUAGACAACGACGUAGGCAACAACAGCGUGGUCAACUACCAUAUCCUAACCAUCUAUUACUACCAGUCACAGAGUAAUAGCAGUGAGCAUGUUCGGGACAUUUUUGUGAUUGGAAUGACUGACGGUAUCAUCAGAACCCACGACCUCUUCAUGACGUACCAUCCAGGCUUUUUCCAGCUAGAGAUUUUGGCGUGCGACUUGGCCGGACACAGCACCACCACCACCGUCAACAUCUACAUCCUCCGGGACGAUCAGAGGGUGAAAAUAGUCUUUAACGACAUUCCUGAUCUGGUGCGCAAAAAUCAGGAGGACUUCAUCAGCCUGCUGUCCAACAUCACGGGGGCUAUAGUGAGCUUAGAUGACAUCCAGUUCCAUGUGGACAAGAAAGGAAAAGUGAGCUAUGAUCAGACAGACAUGCUGAUCCACGUUGUCAACAAUCAGACCAACACCAUCUUGGAUGUUGAACGAGUAAUUCAGAUGAUUGAUGAGAACAAGGAGCAGCUGAGGAACCUGUUCAGGAAACACAAUGUUGUGGAUGUUCAGCCUGCUGUCACAGAAAAGCUGCCAGACGACAUCUCCACGCUACAGCUCGUUAUCAUCAUCCUGGCUGUGCUGCUGUGCCUGGCUGGAGUCCUGUUUGUCACAAUGAACUGGCAUUAUCGCAGAGUACACGAGAGGAAGCUGAAAGCGAUCGUUGCCGGAUCAGCAGGAAACCAGGGUCUAAUGGACAUCCUGGACAUGCCCAACACUAACAAGUACUCCUUUGAGGGGGCAAACCCAGUGUGGCUGGACCCAUUCUGUCGGAACCUGGAGCUGGCCGUUCAGGCCGACCACGAAGACGACCUGCCUGAGAACCUGAGUGAGAUAACGGACCUGUGGAACAGCCCCGCACGCACUCACGGGACAUUUGGUCGAGAUCCUCAAGUGAAGCCAGAGGACGAUCGAUACUUGCGAGCAGCCAUUCAGGAGUACGACAACAUCGCUAAACUGGGCCAGAUUAUGAGGGAGGGUCCAAUCAAGGGUUCCCUGCUCAAGGUGGUCCUGGAUGACUACCUGAGGCUGAAAACACUCUUUGCAGCUCGUCUUGUCACCACAGCCCAUGAAGACCACUCAUCCAUCACUGAGCUGAUCCAGAGCGACCUGGAUGAGGAUGAGGAGGAGCGUCUGAGUGUGGGCGGAGGUCGCGGAACGCUGCGCUUUAAGCACCAUCUUCCCGUGGAGAUAAAGGGUCCCGAAGGUGUGCACGUGGUCCACGGCAGCACGGGCACCCUCCUGACCUCUGACCUUAACAGCCUGCCAGAAGACGACCAGCGGGCCCUGGCGCGUUCCCUGGAGGCACUGAACACCGAUGGCGGGCUUUACUCCGAGCGCAACGCCCGCACAGAGUCGGCCAAGUCCACCCCGAUGCACCGUCACAAGGACGGGAACAACCUGCCCCAGAGUCCCCUGGAGAUCACAGAGUUAUGACUAGCCGAGGCCUCGCUGGUCUGAGCACAGCCGUGACUUGUGUGUGUCCUUGUGCCUCCACAUCACCGCUCUGAUAGGCUGGGGAGGACUGGAGGAGGAGUGUGUGUAGUCUAGGGAAACUCAUCAGCAAACCUCAGUGCACCAGCGAGACACCCUGCAGCAGAACGCACUGCACAGUUGUUUGAGCCGUUUUAAGAAACUGUCCAACAGCUUUUUUCUUCAAUGGAAAUAAAUGAAGAACAAUAAGUAGGGCUUGUUUCUUCGGUGCAGCGAAACCAACUGGUGUCACCGACUUUCAUCCAAAGAAUUAAGAGGAAGUGACCAAGCUUCCCUCUGGGAGACGCUCGUUGAAUAGAUGACCUUCCCAUUGUCAAAAGGUGCCUCAUUCUCACAGCUUACCUGGACUGCAUACACUCAAACACAAAAACACACACUCAGACCAGCGAAUGGCCGUAAGCGGAACAGUUAACGACACAGGUUCUCAUAAUGUGAUCUUUUUUAAUUUUGAAAAUUAAUGCAAUCAUAACUGAUGGUGUGAGGGUGAGUUUUUUUCAGAUAUUAGAUGCAUUCUGUCCCUGGAAAGGUUUAGACAGACAUUUAAUGUGGGUCAGAGCACUUCUAAUGAAACCUGAAACGGGAAUUUCUACACCAACACAAGAGGAACCUUUACCUUUGUGCAGUUGUGACAGUGCUGUAUUAGUUUAUCAGAAACAUUUCUUGGGAUCCAAAGGACGAUGUGUGUGGCGUUGGUGACAGUCCUUCCCCUCCUGAAUGGAUCAGUUUAUAACACAAGACCUUCUAUAAAAAAUAUGACUUGAACUGAAGAAUGAGUGUUAUGAGUAAGAAACAAAAAAAACAAUAUUUUGAAAAACUGAAAUGAAAACUUUAUUAAAAGCAGUGAAAAAAGCCCAAUUAAGUAAAGGAUGAAUUUACAAUGUUUUUAUAGAUAAAAGAUGGCCUUGUGCCCAGAGACUUUACACUGCCACCUGAGGGAGUAAAAGAGUCAUGCUCAAAAUGAGCAGUUUGCUUUAUUUUUUUAUUUUAUAGAAAAUGUGAUGGAAUUUAAAAAAAAUAUUUUUGGAAAAAAUGUUGGGUCAUCAACAUAGAUUGGGAACAAGUUUGGGUGUUUGGCGUUUGUGUACAUUGUGCUACUCCAACAUGUCCUUAAGUUUUUCUUUGUAUGACUGAACAACUGUUUCUGGUAAAUGUAGUGUUUUUAAAAUUAUUUUUUUAUAUUCUCAUUUUGUAACUUUUGCUUUUCCUGUCAUUUCUGUCACCAGCCCUGCAAUCUGUAUUGGGAAAUGUUGUUGGAUGAUUUGUGAAAAAUAAAAGGAAUAUGCAACAACCUGCGA